AUGGUGGACGCGCGCGCGCGCGCGGGCGCCCGAACGACCCUCCCCGAGGGACCGCGAGACGUGGACGCGAUCGAGGGAUUCGACGCCCAGGCGCCGAGACGGAGCGCCGACGCGAAGGCGGUGAUCGACGCGCGAGAGCUCGCGGCGCGCGAACGCAUGAUCGGCGUCGAGCGGGCGAAACUGCUGCGCGAGGAAGUGGUGCGGUGUUAUCGAGAGCAAGGGGUGAAUCACUUGGAGGGAUGUAAAGCGCGCGUGCGGGCGUACUUGGCGGCGACGCGAGACGUCGGGGCGAACGGUGGGUUGAAUUUCGGUGAGCACGAUCGAGGGUUCGGGCAGUGA